ACGAAGAACAUGUUUUCGUGCUGCAUCCCCAAGUCCGGAGGCUGCAGGCUGAGGAGAGCACGCCUUGCAAACACUUCCCGUUGCUGGGAACUUUGUGUCAGGGCUUCCCGACGCCUCUGGCCAUUUGGCAGGAAGGACCGAAAGAAGGCUGUGGAUGAGACUCAGAGGAGGCUGCUGGACACGUCCUCCAUCUCCCUCUCGGAGGAAGUCAGUUCAGAAAGCUCUCCAGGUGCAGGUGCUGGGGAACACCAGGGAAGGUCUCUGGCCCCGCCCAGGCCACUGUCCCUGGUGGUCCAUUACUGGACUGUGGUCCACAAGGACAAGGCUGCUCUGCCAUCUGAGGAACUAGAGCCGGCUCCAAGUUCAUGGGCAGCUGCAGGGGGAGGGGUGGUGCCUGAAGCGACUUCAGCAGGAGACCAGGAGCCAGUGGGUGACCUGGCAACUGCCUACGGAGAGCCCGGAGCCAUCCAGGAGGAGAUUCCGGGAGAACCUGCCCACGGAGAGCCUGCCCCUGCCUGUGCUCCUGUCCUUGGCCUGGACCCAGCUCCUGCCCUGGAUCCUGCACCUGCCACUGCGGCUGACCUUGUCCCUGCUCUUGCAUCUGACCCUGCUCCUGCCCCUAGCCCCACCCCUGCCCCUACUCUUGCUCCC